CGCUGUUAGUCUGUCGGCGUCGAGAACAAGCUGACCAUUUCAGAGAGACCCGUACACACAGCUGAGACAGUUUAUCGGAGCAGCGGACACGACUCAGGCAGAGACAUUUUAAAAAUAACCUAAAUAUGAGGGCAGAUAUGGCAGAAAUCUUCUGAAUUUUGUAUUCUCAGAGCUUGAUUUUUUUCCCCGGAGCGCACGUCCUGAAUCUGCCGACUAAUGAAUAGAAAAGCAAGAAGAAAUCAAAUCCCGACCUUGUCACGGAUGAGAGCGCGGUGAUGCUGUGAUAAUUGUGACUGAACAGGCAGGGGGGGAAAUCCGUGGACAGCGACGGGGAGAAGUUCUGCGGGAUAUUGUGACCAGAAGAAGCAGAUGUUAGUUUGCUGAGGAGGUUGACAGAUCCUGAAGACCGCGCAGACCACCCUCACAUUAUGGUCCCCGGGGCCCCCAGCACGACCACCACCAUGCUCCCCGCAUCCGAGGCUGCCAAAAUCUACCAGACCAACUACGUGCGCAACUCCCGCGCCAUCGGCGUCCUGUGGGCCAUCUUCACCAUCCUCUUCGCCAUCGUCAACGUGGUGUGCUUUAUCCAGCCGUACUGGAUCGGGGAUGGCGUGGACACCCCGCAGGCGGGCUACUUCGGUCUGUUCCACUACUGCAUCGGGAACGGGCUGUCCCGGGACUUGACCUGUCAAGGCAGCUUCACCGAGUUCAGCAGCAUCCCCUCCGGUGCGUUCAAGGCUGCCUCCUUCUUCAUCGGCAUGUCCAUGGUGCUGGUGCUCACCUGCAUCGGCUGCUUUGCGCUUUUCUUCUUCUGCAGCACCGGUACAGUGUACAAGAUCUGCGGCUGGAUGCAGCUGGCUGCAGGUACAUGUCUGAUUCUGGGCUGCAUGAUCUACCCAGAUGGCUGGGACAGCGACGAGGUGAAGCGAAUGUGUGGUGAGCAGACAGACAAGUACACACUAGGAGCCUGCUCGGUGCGCUGGGCCUACAUCCUGGCCAUCAUGGGCAUCCUGGACGCUCUCAUCCUCUCCUUCCUGGCUUUUGUCUUAGGAAACCGCCAGGACAGUUUGAUGUCUGAAGAACUGCUGGGAGACAAGAGCGGUAAUAACGCCAUAUAACUUCUGCUGAUGCCAAAGCAGCAACACACACACACACAGGUCUUACCACCUAGAUGUAAAGUCACUUCAGGAUCCAGCUUUCCUCUCCUGGUCACCCUUGGAGCUGGAAUGCAAAGAUGAUGAGUGGGGAAUCAACCAAUCAAAGAAGAAGUCUGGAAGAGGCCAAACCAACCUCAUAUUGAAGACUAGGAGACCUUUUGUCCUCCCUGAAAGCUCCCUCUGUAAAAUAGUCCUCAGUUGCAUCUCAAACUGCUUAUUUUUGCAGGAUGAAUACUUUAAAAGACUUUUCCCAUCUUGGUAGGUUACUGCAUCACCAUACCUGAGCUGUUCUCCAUGUGGAAGCAAAGGUGGCUGCCAGAGGUUCAGCUGAAUAAAAAUAAAAUUAAAUAGAAAAAAAAAAAAGCAAGGAAGACAUGGUAAAUCAGCUCCAGGACACAGAUCGGACAAAUACCACAGAGUGGCGGCCGCUCAAAUCGAAUUAAAUCAGAACACAUUAACCAGACUUUGACCGACACAAAUAAGGACUUAACAGACUUGAGGUCAAAGCUGUCAGGUCUUCUUUUUUUUAUCAUGUCAACAAACUCCCUGCAAAGGACUCCAGCUUUGACACAGUUUGACCUUUUAAUUUAAACAAGAGCAUUGUUUUCAGAGAUGUGAGGGAGCGGAGAGAAUGACAGGCUGGAUAAGCGGGCAGGAAGAACACUGCUGUUUUGUUAUAAUUAAAUGUUUGAUGUGAUAGAAUCAAAUGGUAGUAAUUAGAGGUUUUGCUGGUGAGGACUGUGAAAAAAACAGAGUAAAAUAUAAGUGUACUAAAAAGGAGAAAACAUCAGUUAUAUAAAGUCUAUAAUCUGUGCAUAGCCGUUUGUUGAUUAUGUCUCUGUAUUUUGUCUUGACUUUGAAUUGUACAUUUUGAAAUGUCAUUUUAUUGUACCAUUAAUAGUAUGUGCCAUAGAAUAUCUUGUAAUCUGGCAGUAUCGUGGGGAACUAAAAGAGAGUAAGUGCUGGA